CCGUUGCAGAAUGCGGUGGGUAUGCUGGCUAACCGCGAACUUAGCGAAGCUUGCCUGCGCCGGAGCGGUCCCGCUAGCAGUCGUUUCGUCAUGGCUUCGUUGCCGUGCUGCCAUUUGCUUUCUCACUAAAACUCUUCCCGUGUUGCGCGUUCGCGAGCUCGUCGCAGCUACUACAUAACAUCACCCGGUAGCGUCGAUCCUUUCCGUCGAGCUGUGUGUGCGCGCCUCCACUGUCGACUCAUCGCGACUCACUCGCAUCAUCGCCUCGCUGCCUGACAAUCCGUGGUCUUGCCCCGCCGCCCGCUUCACUUCCUCACAAUGUCCCAUUGAGUCCGCCAACCUCGAUUGCCACGCGGAUUUGGAGUGAUCAUACGCCGUACUGCCCGCAGUCAUGUUCGCCCGGUGUAAAGGCGCGAUUUGGCACAGCGACGACUUCUCGCCGUGCUUUCAGCAUGACUAUCUGCAGACCUUAUUGCCGUUGAUCACAUGCGGGAUAUCGGCACUAUACCUGGCAUAUCAAAUCCUCCGAGCGACGAGAACAUCGAAGCGAUCGAGCAAAGGCUACAAGAGAAUACCGAAUGGCGGGCAUCAUGAUGCGCGGGGGCGCGAAGAGGUGGACAGCGACAGUGAUGCCACGACAGAGACCGGCAGCGACGACGAGAUGCGGCGGAACGAGCAGCUGGCUCUGCAAUUGACGAAGAUUCACACCAAUGCCUCGGCGAUUACGGUGGACCGACCAAGAGGCGAAAUAUGGAUCACAUUCAUCGAGGAGAUUGCAGUGCUCGCCGAGCUGGGCGUCCAAGUUGCGGCUUUGAUUUUGCAAGCAUGGGGCAAGCCCAGAGGCAGGAUGGCCGCAUUUGCAGAAGUCGCUGUGUGGGCAUAUAUUGCUGCACUCGCUUCUGGCCGUUUGCUGUUCUCAAGCACAUCGAAAUGGUCGUUUCCGCAAUUGUGGUACCACACCGCAGUCCUCUACUGCUCCCAAUGGGUUUUCUCUGUGCUCGUCUUCCGUUCAGAGAUCAUACAUCCCGAAUCGAGGACUGCCGAGGUUCUGAUGAGCACUCAUUUCGCCCUCACGACCUUGCUUGCCAUGAUUGCACUGUGCUCGCGAAAAGGCAAUCACGCAGUGGAGAUCGAAUACGAAGAGAACAUCGAGCCUUCGAAGGAGCCACUCGCAAGCGUGUUCUCGUUGGCCACAUUCAGCUGGGUCGACUCGAUCGUGUGGACUGGGUACAAGAAGUCGUUCGAAAUGAAGGAUGUCUGGAACUUGAUGCCAACCGACAAGGCUGCUGUGAUCCUGGCCGACUAUCGACAGCUGAAAAAGACCUCGAUACUAGCAUGGCAUCUACUCAAGUAUUUCAAACGCGACUUGAUCAUCCAGGGUCUCUGGGCUGUGAUUUCCGGUAUCGUCACGUUCCUGCCCACCUUGCUGCUCAAAGUCAUUUUGCAAUACAUAGAGGAACCAACGCAAACUCCUCGAAAUGCAGCUUGGCUUUAUGUCAUCCUGUUGUUCGUCACGGGAUGCGUCAGCGCUCUGGCAAACGGGCAAGCUCUGUGGAUUGGCAGGAAGAUCUGUAUCAGACUGAGAGCCAUCAUCAUUGGAGAGAUCUACGCUAAGGCUUUGAGAAGGCGCGCUGCAGCAUCGGCUGACAAGGUUCUCGGUCAAGGGAAGCUGAAAGAUGAUGCCGAGAGCAAGCGAAACUUCCUUCAGAAAGCAUUGAGCUUCGGACGCAAGAAGAAGCAGAAGAGCGGCCAGAAUGACGAAGCCGACGCCGACAAGCCAGCGGAAGGUUCAGACGAGCAGGUCACUUCUGGAGCGAUCAUCAAUCUCAUGGCAGUCGAUUCUUUCAAGGUCGCCGAGAUUAGUGCUUAUUUACACUUUCUCUGGGCCGAGACACCUGUGCAAUUCAUUCUUGCAAUUGCGUUGCUCUACCUUUUCCUGGGCAAUAGCAGUAUCGUCGGCAUUGGCAUGAUGGCAGCACUGCUUCCUGUCAACAUGUACAUCGCAAGGAAGUUCAGCACCGUGCAAGCACAAAUCCUCGCAGCCACUGAUGCCCGCAUUCAUGUUACGAACGAGGUCCUGACAAACGUUCGCAUCAUCAAGUAUUUCGCGUGGGAGCAGAGGUUCCUGGGCUCAGUCGACGAGAAACGCCAAGUCGAACUCAAGUACCUUCGCAACCGAUAUAUCGUUUGGGCAGCCGCCGCCACCAUUUGGUCUGGAGCCCCGGUAGUCAUCACGUUCCUGACAUUCCUCGUCUAUACGGUAGUCGAGAAGAAGGACCUCAUUCCGUCUGUUGCAUUCACCGCGCUGUCACUGUUUAGUUUGCUUCGCAUGCCACUGGAUCAGCUUGCGGACAUGGUUGCUCACGUGCAAGAAUCCAAAGUGUCUAUCGAUCGUGUCGAAGAAUAUCUGAACGAGCCAGAGACGGAGAAAUACCGUCAACUGCAAGAGGAUUUCGACCAUGAUACUGGUGAGCCACUCAUUGGAUUCCAGAAGGCGACCUUCAGCUGGGGUGGUAAAGACGCAGAAGAUUUCAAAAUGAUCGAUCUCGAUCUGUUCUUCAAGGUUGGGCAGCUCAACGUUAUUAUUGGACCAACUGGCUGUGGAAAAACUUCUCUCCUCAUGGCACUGCUUGGUGAGAUGACCAAAAUGAAUGGUGCAGUCUAUCUGCCAGGAGGUCGCAGUCGUGAGCAGUUGAAGAAGAAUCCAGAUACCGGCUUGACUGAAAGCAUUGCGUACUGCGCUCAGCAGGCAUGGCUGAUGAAUGGAACCAUCAAGGAUAACAUUAUCUUCAACAGCCGAUUCGAUCCAAGGAGAUACAAGAACGUUAUUGUUGCCUGUUCUUUGCAGCGCGACCUUGAGAUUCUCGACGGUGGCGACCAGACAUUAGUCGGAGAGAAAGGCGUCACGUUGUCCGGAGGGCAAAAACAGCGCAUCAGUCUUGCCCGCGCACUCUACUCAGACGCCCGUCACGUCAUUCUCGACGAUGUGCUAAGUGCAGUCGACUCUCACACCGCAAAAUGGAUCUUCGACAAAGCUCUGAUGGGCCCGUUAAUGUACAAUCGCACGUGCAUUCUGGUCACGCACAACGCAGUGCUCUGCCUCCCACACGCCGACUUCGCUAUCGUGCUUGACAACGGCAGAGUAGCCUCUCAAGGAACUGCAUACGAUGUCAUUCAGUCGGGCAAGCUUGCUGAAGACGUAAGCAAAUUCGACCUCAAACCACAAUCUGCAGUCGCCUCGAAGUUGCCUUCGAGAGUUCCUUCGGACAUCGGCGGCGACAGUCUCGGGGAACUCCAUUCGUUCGCAAAUGACAGACCAGGUCAUGCGAACGGACAUUUGCAGCGCACAGAGACCGACAGAACAGAGACGAACGAGACACUUCACGGCGAUCCCCUCACGCAUGUCAUUUCGAAAGACAUCCCAGGCAUGAACAAGCCGGUUGACAGCAAGGGAAUCUUCGAUGAGGAGAAGGCAUCAGGUUCGGUGAAACUCUCGAUCAUCACCAUGUACCUCAGAUACAUGGGUGGCUGGUUCUACUGGAUGCUAGCAGCCAUGUGCUUCGCAUUACAACAACUUUCGCAAGUUGCAACCAAUGUCUGGAUUCAAAGAUGGUCGAACUCAUAUACCAGGCACGAAUACUUGGCGCUGGGUGUCGCACACAAUCAUACCUACAACAUUGCACACAUCCGUGGUGGCAUUAGUAGCUCUUCAAGCUGUCUCCGGACAGGAACUUGCGUCUGGAACAUGCCGUUCACAUCUCAGCCGUUCACAGCACAAUCCGCAUUGCAAGACAUCAAGGGCAUGAAAGUCAUGAACGGCGACGUCAACGUGGGCUACUAUCUUGCCGGUUAUGCAAUUCUGGGUGUUAGCUACAUGGUCAUCACGCUUCUCCGCGAAGGUGUGCUCUUCGGUGGUUCUCUGUCGGCCUCCAAGCGCAUGCAUAGGGAACUCAUGGAGCGGGUCAUGCACGCCAAGUUCAGGUUCUUCGAUGCCACACCACUUGGUCAGAUCAUGAACCGCUUCUCCAAGGAUAUCGAAGCAGUCGACCAAGAACUCGCGCCAGUGGCCGUCGGCGUUGUGCACUGCUUGUUCUCAAUCAUCACCAUUGUCGUCCUGAUUUCAGCCAUCACUCCUGGUUUCUUGAUUGCUGGUGUUUUCAUCACCAUCCUCUAUUUUAUGAUUGGCAAAGUGUACAUCAGCUCCUCUCGAGAUCUCAAGCGCCUAGAAUCAGUGCAGCGAAGCCCGCUGUAUCAACAAUUUGGAGAGACUUUGACCGGCAUGACAACCAUUCGAGCGUACGGAGAUGAGCGACGCUUCAUCCGCGAGAACCUGCAUCGAGUGAACACUCACUCGCGACCCUUCAUCUACCUCUGGGCAGCAAACAGAUGGCUGGCAUUCCGUGUUGAUGUUGUCGGUGCUUUGGUCUCUUUCUUCACUGGGGUUUUCGUCAUUCUCAGUGUUGGACGAGUUGACGCUGGUGCUGCCGGUCUGGCCAUGACAUAUGCUGUGACGUUUACUGAGAACGUGCUCUGGUUCGUUCGACUUUACGCAAGCAACGAACAGAACAUGAACGCUAUCGAGCGAGUUAAAGAGUAUCUGGACGUCGACCAAGAAGCUGCUCCGAUUGUACCGGAGAAUCGACCUGAAGCGAACUGGCCGAGCCAGGGAGCUGUAGAGUUCAUGGACUACAGUACCAGAUACCGCAGCGAUUUCGAUUUCGUCCUCAAGAACGUCACCUUCAAGAUUCUGCCGGGCGAAAAAGUUGGCGUCGUUGGCAGGACCGGUGCUGGCAAGAGUUCGCUCGCCUUGGCGCUAUUCCGAGCUCUUGAAGCAGAGGAAGGCAAGGUCCUAAUCGACAAUAUUGAUGUCGGCCUCAUCGGUCUCCAGGACUUGCGUGAAAAUAUCGUCAUGGUUCCUCAAGAUCCCACGCUCUUCACCGGAACGGUACGCAGCAACCUGGAUCCAUUUGGCCUCUUCACAGAUGAGGAAAUCUUCGAAGCCCUUCGAGGCGUUCAACUGGUCGGGGCUGCCACAGCAAGCAAUUCGGCAUCGAACUCACGGCCAGACACACCAACAAAUGCUUCGGACCGCACUUCGCCUGACACUCCCACCAAGAAGCUUGCAGCGACCAGCAAGACGACAGCUGUUGCGCAGAGCCCCACCACUCCGGAUAGCCCAACAACGCUCGAGAACAAGAACAUUUUCCGCAACCUCAACUCACCCGUUGCAGAGCACGGAUCCAACCUGUCCCAAGGUCAGCGGCAACUUCUCUGCCUGGCGAGAGCGUUGCUUAAGGCACCCAAAGUCCUGCUCAUGGACGAGGCCACGGCUUCUAUAGACUACGCAACCGAUUCGAAGAUUCAAGAGACGAUCCGAGAGAUUAAGAACACGACGAUCACUAUCGCACACAGGCUGCAAACUAUCAUUGACUACGACAAGGUCUUGGUCCUCGAUCAAGGUCGGGUGAUUGAAUAUGGUGACCCAUACGACCUCAUCAGCACGGAUAAAGGCAUUUUCCGAGGCAUGUGUGAAAUGACUGGUGAUUUUGACAUCCUGCACAAGGACGCCAAGAAGGCGCAUGAUGCGAGAAAGCUGGUUGAUGACAGCUAGCCGACACGAGUAUGAGUGAGAGACGUGAAUGUGAAGCAUACAUGAUGGCUAUAUGAUCUCGCACGGCAUGAGGAGCAUCGAUACAUCGGGCGGCGAGCAUGCGUCUCUUUUUGUUUUUCUUGUUCUGUGUUUUCCAAUUCGGAGCCACUUGUGUGGCCUUGGGGAGGAAGCCGUCUUUGCUUCGAGAUAGAAGCGAGAGGCUACUGCUUUCCAAGACAUGUGCUAGAAAAAGCGUUGUACUGUUAACGGACAUGGAGCAUGGGAGGUUUGCGUUGUCAAUUGAUCGAUUUUCCUUUUUUUAUUCGGCUGUAGCUGUAAAUACUUGUCCAUAAGUGCAUAGAGAGUAAUUGAUCGCAAUUGACCAAAC